UUUCGUUACUCAGUGUUUAUCGUGGGGACGAUAACUGGUACACCAAAUGCGCGUCCUUCCCGGUCUCUCGUACUAGGGAAAGAUUCUCACAAUGCUCUAACGUCCACACCAGUAUAGACCAAAUUGUCUAGCAACAUUUUGAACCUAGCUCAUGUACUGAUUUAAAUGGCAAACAUCCAACUGUUAUUAUCCGAUUUUAGAGUGGAACUUCAACUUUAUUCAACAUAACAACCAUAUAAACAUAAAUGACGUGCUGUUUGUUCUACACUUGAGUUACACCAGUUUAUAAAGAUAAUGUGUCCGUCUCCUUCAUCGAAAUUGAUUAAAGUAAUUUAGACCAUAAAAAGGGACCACCUCUUUGUUUAUUCAACCAACCAAAUAAAAUAAAUCGGCAACCAACUGACUGGAGUAACGUGACCUUAAAUCACAUUCAAAUAAACAAAACGUACCACUUGUCGUUUGUUUUGAUCGAUCAUGUGGCAUUUGUCCUUUAUUUAUCAAUCGUAUCGAAGAUCAGAUCCAAUGGGAUCUGAGACAUUAUUAGUCCCAAACGUUGACAUAAUUCUAUGGUUGUUCUGGUUUGUGUUCUGUCGUACUUUGCCCUUAACUUGUUUUCGGUUCUCAAGACUGGAAAUUGAGGAGGGAUAUGGGAUUGGAUAGCUUAAACUUGAACUAUUAUCUGGUGCCGGCGGGACUGUUUGUGCUGGGAAUAUACCACGUUUGGCUACUCAUCACAGUGCUAUACAAUCCCUCACGAACUGUCAUUGGCCUCAAUGCUGUGGUUCGCACGCAAUGGAUCUUCUCCAUGAUGACUGACCCCUCGAAGAAUGGAGUUUUGACGGUACAAACAUUGCGCAACAACAUAAUGGCAUCUUCCCUUUUGGCAACAGCAGCAAUCACUCUUUCUUCGGUAAUCAGCGUAUUCGUGAGCACCAGUUCGAGUUCCGAAAGCACUUCAACACAAAAACUUUCGUCUCUCCCUCUCUCUUCAAUCAAAUACUUAUGCGUUUUGCUGUGUUUUCUCGUUGGAUUUAUCUGCAAUGUGCUGGCCACUAGAUACUUUGCUCAUACCAGCUUCUUGGCUACCCUGCCAGUAUGGACAGACAAAACAGAUUACGUUAAAUAUGUUUCGGUAACUUUGAAUCGAGGGAGUUACUUUUGGUCCCUCGGAUUGCGAGCGUUUUACCUCUCAAUUCCUAUGUUUCUUUGGAUCUUUGGGCCAAUUCCCAUGUUUGUCUGUUGCUGCCUUAUGUCAAGUGCCCUCUAUUUCUUGGACACUACCACCAGUUCAACACAACUUGUUCUCGGCUCUUCACUCAAAGAAGAAGGGGAGAGAACCAAUGAUGUGGAAUCAAUAGUUCAAUCAUCGUGCUGUUCCAAAUUCUCAGGGAAAACUCGGGCCGUGAGGACUUUACUCACCUUCGCAGCCCCCUACUUACUGCCGAUUCAGCUUCUGCCUCUUAAUGUUGCCGGACAGUCUGCAAUAUGUUUCUGUGUUGCUGGUUGCUAAGUGUUUCCCUCUCCCGUCUCUGCGAGCAUUGCGUUGGCUUGAAGGUUCGCCUUUAUGUUUUCGCUCGGCAAAAAGGUGCUAUCUUCUGGUUCUAAUACAGUGAGUCCUGGUUGUAUUUCAUUUUCAUGAGUUCAAUAACUCAUCGGUUGGUACAACCAGGUCGAGAAUCCUAAACCACGCUUCCUACUCGAACCAUCCUUACUGCUUCAAACAAGUAAGAUUUUUUUUUCUUCUUGUAAUUCAUUCAGCGAAUCAUCGUUCGCUGACAGGCUAGAAAAUAAUAAAAAAGGCUCUGGGAUGUAAACAUUUCAUACUUUUGAGUUUUGAGAUCAUAUCGCUGUAUAAAUUAAUCGAAAUAAAGUUUACAAGCACGAUGCACGUUGUCAUAUUAA